AUUGGAUCGGUUUGAAGUUUGUCAAAAUAUGCUAGGUUCACGUAUUUAGUUGUUUUUUUCUCCACAACAAUGUAAUAAGACACUUACGUGUGGUGACUGAUGGAUUAACCAGCAGCUCGACAACGCGUAUUGUGCCAGAGCGUAACCAGCACCAUGCCGCCAAGCUCAGGAGAGCUAUGGGGACAUCACUUGAUGCCGUCUCAAGUGGCAGUGGACUGUCUGCUGCCGACCGGCAUCAUCGUGCCCAUGCUGAGCUCGCGAGACUCAACCCUGGAGAAGAUCAAAGCAGACCUGUGGCUGGAGGCGAAGAAGUACCCGCUGUACAGCCGCCUGCUGGGUCCGGAGUCAUAUAUCUUCGUGGCGAUCACGCAGGAUGCGGAGCGCGAGGAGUUCUACGACGAGACGCGUCGGCUCUGUGAUCUCAGGCUGUUCCAGGCCACACUCAAAGUGAUGGAGCCCAAGGGAAACCGCCAGGAGAAGAUGCUCAAUUAUGAAAUAGGCAUGCUUAUUGGUAUUCCGGUGAACGAGCUGCAUGAAACGAAGGAUCUGGAGGUGAUAACAUUUCGUAGAAACAUCCUGCGAGUUUGUAAAGAGUCCAUCGAGAUCCGAGAACAGAACGGUGCCAAGAGUCGCGCGCUGUACGCCUUCCCACCAGACAUAUCCUCCGAUGCGCUGCCGCCUCAUCUAGCUGAGAAAAUGAACCGCUUUGGAGAUGGACUGUCACUAAUCAUAUGUGUUUGGGUUGUGUCCAGCAACAAAGACCGGACUAAAUACAGUGUCAAAGUUCCGUACGACGCCACAGCGACGGAUGUGAUUGCGGAGACAAUUCGACGGCGCAGUCGCAACAUGGACAUGAGUCAGGAGCACACCCAGCGGUGUAUAGAGGAGUACAGGCAUGACUACGUACUCAAGGUGUGCGGCUGUGACCAGUUUUUUCUCGAGGAGUGUGCCAUCACACAGUACAAGUUUGUUCGAGAAUGUCUGGGUCAGGAAACAAUUCCACAGUUAAUGUUGCUGACGAAGGACAGUGUGUAUGCCAGUCUGCAUGAAAAUGAGAUGCCGACCCCGUCCUAUGUGCAGAGAGGAAUUCAAGCAUUGUCCGAGAUCAAUAACCAACAGACAGUUUCUUUGUGGGAUGUGCAGACCAAGUUACGGAUCAAAAUCAGCUGUGCCACAUAUGUCAAUGUCAAAGAACUCGGUAAGAUCUACGUGAAGGCGUGUAUCUACCACGGGACAGAGCCGCUGUGUGAGGCGAAGAACACGCAGCAGGUCGACUCAACGAACCCGCGCUGGGACGAGUGGCUUGAGUUCCUCCGGAUCCCCGACCUCCCACGCAGCGUCCGCCUCUGUCUGUCCAUCUGCUCCGUCUCAAAGAGGAAAAACAAAAAGGUGGACUACGCCCUGGCGUGGGGAAACCUGCAGAUGUUUGACUUCAACGACCGCCUGUUGUCGGAGAAGCUCAGCCUUCAUCUGUGGCCUAUGCCACAAGGCAUGGACGAACUGCUCAACCCUAUUGGAUUACCAGGUUCGAAUCCCGACAAGGACUGUCCAUGUCUGCAGAUAGAGUUUGACAGAUUCAGUCAUCCCGUCUCCUUCCCACCAUACUCGCACGUCAAACAGCUCGCAUUCGAAGUGAACAACAAGGAUUCUUACUCACAGCAGACCGACAAUGCACAUGAUUUUGAACGUGACAUGCUUCUAUUGGAUGAACUCAGCCUCAAAGACCCACUGUCGGACCUCUCCGAACAAGACAAAGAGUUACUAUGGAAACGGAGAGAACAGUGUCUACUGCGACCUCAGUCCCUCCCCAAGUUAUUGUCUUCCGUGAAGUGGAAUGAUCGUGAAAAUGUAGCUCAGCUGUACGAGUUGUUGGAGCGCUGGCCAACUGUUUCCCCGGAGAUUGCCCUCGAGCUCAUGGAUUGUUCGUACUCCGACCUCCGAGUGCGCAGUUUCGCUGUGAAAUGUCUUGACAAAGGCCUCACCGACGAGAAGCUGUCUCUAUACUUACUCCAGUUGGUGCAGGCACUGAAGUUUGAACCCUACCUGGAUAGUCCAAUGACGAAGUUUCUCUUGAAGCGAGCUCUGCUUAGUCAAAGAAUUGGAAACUUUUUCUUCUGGCAUCUAAAAUCUGAGAUGCACCAGACAUCAAUUCGACUUCGAUUUGGGUUGAUCCUCGAAGCGUACUGCCGAGGAUGUGGUCAGUUUUUGAAGACUCUGUCGCGCCAGGUGGAGGCUCUCGAUAAACUGACAAAACUCACAAACAUGAUCAUCUCAGAGAUACAGGGUUCCAUUGAUCAAACGAAGUUCCUCCAUGGACAGCUUCAACAACCAGACUACCAGGAAGCCAUUCAAAACUUUAAUUCCCCGCUCAAUAUAGCAAACAUCCUUGGGGAAAUUGUUCCUGAGGGAUGCUUGGUGAUGUCAUCAAAGAAGCGCCCCCUGUGGUUAAUGUGGCACAAUCCGGAUGCUAUGGCCGACAUUGCUGAGAAGGACAUCAAACUGAUGUUUAAAAACGGAGAUGAUCUGCGCCAGGACAUGCUCACCCUACAGGUGAUUCGAAUCAUGGACUCCAUCUGGAAGAAUGAAGGCCUUGAUCUCAAAUUGAUUCCAUAUGGGUGUCUGUCAACGGGAAAGAGUGUUGGGCUGAUAGAAAUUGUGAAGAAAGCGAAAACCAUCACGUCGAUACAGAAGAAAGGUGGAUCACGUGCCACCAUCCAGAUGGACUCCUCACAGCUUCAUCGGUGGAUCAAAGAAAACAACCAGAACAACUACGAGCAGGCCAUUGAUACGUUCACUCGAUCUUGUGCCGGGUACUGCAUAGCGACGUUUGUGUUAGGAAUUAAAGAUCGUCAUCCCGACAACAUUAUGGUCACUGAAGAUGGACAGGUAUUCCAUAUUGACUUCGGUCACUUUCUUGACCACAAGAAAAAGAAAUUUGGGAUCAAUAGAGAACGGGUACCAUUCGUACUAACUGAAGAUUUCAUCCGAGUUAUUGCCAAAGGAGUGGACCAGCCAUCAAAACAAGUUGAAUUUCAAAAGUUUCAGGAGCUGUGUUGUAAGGCGUUCAGCAUUCUGCGUAAACAUGCCAACCUCUUCAUCACGCUGUUCACGCUGAUGUUGUCUUGCGGGAUCCCCGAGCUGCAGUCUCUUGACGACAUCGGCUACAUCCGCAAAACUCUGGCCGUCGAGAAAUCGCCGCAGGAUGCCGCCGAGUACUUCAUAGCUCACUUCCGCAACGCGUACGGUGACCAGUGGACGACCAAGUUCGACUGGUUCUUCCACAACAUGAAACAGUGGUAGCCAGACCAUCACAUAGUAAUACAAGCAGUAGGAAUGAAAAACACAGACUACUUAACAUUGGUUUUGGAGAAAUUACUGUGUUAAACUUGGAUACAGUUAACCUCCAAUUGUCAUCAAAUUAUUUUUUACAUCUACAUAAGACUAGUUCCGUAUGGAAAAAACAGACUAUGUAACAUUUGUUUUUUAGAAAUUACUGUGCUAAAACUGGAUACGGUUUACCUCCAAUUUUCAUCAAAUGAUUUUUUACAUCAACAUAAGAUGAGAUUGAGAACAUGAAGGGAAGAGGUAUUCAAGUGUUGAGCUUUUUACAAAAUAACAAGUGAAAAAAGACUACAGAAAAACAACUUGAAAUUACUGUGUUGAAAGCAAAUACUAUUUACCUCAAAGUUUCAUCAGAUAAUUUUUUUACAUGGUGCAUCUACAGACAUGUUUUUGACGUGAACAUAAGAUUUGUUUGAGAACAUUGAACACAAUAGGUAUCCAGUAGUGUUGAGUUCUUUACAAGAAAAACUUGUUAUGUACAGCUAGCUGAAUUGUAAUGAAUCUGUCCGAGGUAUAGAUUGCUCUUUGUGGACCAUGUUGAGUUUCCUCAAGCAUUUGUGAUCUGAAAUGUGAUUAAGUACUUAGUAGUGUUUUCAUAUUUUUCAUAGUACUUCCUGUUUGUUCAUUGAAGAAACAUUGAUGAGGCUUAUCUUGAAAACUGUUGUUACCUGUAACCUUGUAGGUACAGAAAAUAUAUUUUGUUUGUGGCUAUAAUUCUUUCUUUUUUUGGUUUAAGAAACAUUCCGUCGUUUCUUUAUUAUUAUUUUUUUUCAAUCUAAUGCAUAUAAAGCUAUAAAAAAACUGGUAAGCUUACUAAAAUGGUGGGUUGGUUUGGGUGACAGUGGUUAAAUUUUGUCUAAAAGUUUGGCCCAAUUCCAAACAUGCCGUAUCAAACAUGAUUACACUGAUGUUUUUAGUAAUUUAAUACAGUAUCAUUUAUCACAUGUAUUUUGUCUUGAUUAUGUAAGUAACAAAAUGGAACAAUCAUGUCUAUCAAAUUGAGUUGUAUAAUAUAUUUAUUUACUUUUCAUAUAUUAAACAGACCAAAACAGUUAUCCUUAACACAAUAUAUAAUAUAAAAUAUAUAGCUCUGCUUGGUUUUUGAGAUAUAUUCACUGGUGUCAUUUAGCUGAACAAUGGAAAUACACUAACUAAAAGUAACAUUAAGUACAUGUGUCUAUGAAAAGGCAAGCACCAAAAGUGUACCUUAAUUUUACUUUGAAAUGUGUAAGUUGUAGUUAUGAAAAGAAAAAAACAUAUUUAGACCAUUGGGCAAAUCAACCAAACGUAAGUUCCAUACAACAAUGAUUUCUGCAGGCCAACAUCAGUUGGGACUGUAGUAUUUUGAGCCCUGAUGAAUGAAAGAAUGAAAGUAGUGGGUGACUUGAUAACUUGUAAUAUUCCAGACUGACUUGUACAUAGAGAAUACUAAAUGAGUUGUAAUAUAAUUGUCUCACACGGGAACAAAUGUAUUUUAUUUAUUAUACCGCACAUCAAUGAAUAAAAUUCGCACAAAAUGAUUUUCAAAAUAACUUAACAAGACAUGAAAAUGCGCAGAUUAAAUACUGAGAAAAUUAUGUCGCUUACCAAAUGAUGUCGUUUAGUGAAAUGACGUCAUGUUAUGGCUACUUCAUUUAACUAUUUAUCAAUGAAACGUUGCAUUCCUAUGCCACACAUUUAUCAAAGAUUUUUACACAAACAAUAUUGUAAACAUAUUCAAGGCUAAAUUAAAUUAUUAAAAAAACCUCUUGUUAAAUUAUGCUGCUAACAUUAAUUGUAAUAAUUGACGGCAAGUAUUUUUCCAAUUUAAAAAUAUAAAAUGAAAGAACCAUGUGCACACUUUUCGCAUAAUAUCUAUGCGGAGUUGUACUGUGUGACACCGUUGCUCAUGUGAUCAGAGGUCAUAACCUCGCAAAAAAUGUAUUUCCACAUGUGAAGAGAUGAUAAAUAUCACAUGGGCAUCUCUUCCACCACAGUGUAAUAAAUUGUAGUUUAUAUAGAUAACCAGAAUGUUAUGUACCUAUAGCUAACCAGAAAGCGAUGUAGACAGAAUGUUAUGAAUGUCUUUGAGGGAACCACUUAAUCUGUUUGUGUGUAAUUUGUUUCACCUUUCUCUGUUAAACGGUUGAAUGUUCAUGUCACAUAUGUCAUCAACAUGACAGACCAUAGAAUCAUCAACAUGACAGACCAUAGAAUCAUCAACAUGACAGACCAUAAAACCAUGAAAAUGACAAGACCAUAGACCCAUCUAUAUGGCAAAUCAUAGAACCAUCAACACAACAGAUCGUAGAACCAUCAACAUGACAGAUCAUAGAACCAUCAACAUGACAGUUCAUAGAACCAUCAACAUGACAAGUCAUAGAACCAUCAACACAACAGAUCGUAGAACCAUCAACGUGACAGAUCAUAGAACCAUUAACAUGAAAGUUCAUAGAACCAUCAACAUGACAGGUCAUAGAACCAUCAACACAGCAGAUCGUAGAACCAUCAACGUGACAGAUCAUAGAACCAUCAACAUGACAGUUCAUAGAACCAUCAACAUGACAGGUCAUAGAACCAUCAACACAACAGAUCGUAGAACCAUCAACGUGACAGAUCAUAGAACCAUCAACAUGACAGACCAUAGAACCAUCAACGUGACAGAUCAUAGAACCAUCAACACAACAUAUCGUAGAACCAUCAGUGUGACAGAUCAUAGAAUCAUCAACAUGACAGUUCAUAUAACCAUCAACAUGUCAGACCAUAGAAUUAUCAACAUGACCACAGAACCAUCAACGUGACAGACCAUAGAACCAUCAACAUGACAGACCAUAGAACCAUCAACAUCACAGACCAUAGAAUCAUCAACAUGACCAUAGAACCAUCAACAUGACAGUCCAUAGAACCAUCAACAUGACAGACCAUAGAAUCAUCAACAUGACCAUAGAACCAUAAACAUAACAUACCAUAGAACCAUCAACAUGACAGUCCAUAGAACCAUCAACAUCACAGACCAUAGAAUCAUCAACAUGACCAUAGAACCAUAAACAUAACAUACCAUAGCACCAUCAGCAUGAAUAUCUGUACAAUCAUUCCACUGACAUAAUUGAUGGCACUACUGACAUGACAGUCCAUCACACCAGACGUUGGUCCAUAGCCCGACUGACAUAACAGUCCAUUGCACCAUUGAUAACGGCCCAUAGCAUUAGAUUUGACAUUCUGUAACACCAGUGGUAUGAUACGAUGAUUUAUUUAACAGUCCAUAAGUAAAAUUACUGACAUGGCAAUUCAUAGCACCACUGACACAAAAGUCCAUUUUACCAUUGACGACCUUUCAUAACACCAUUGAAGCCCUCACAUUUCGCUUCAGUAUUUAACAUUGCUGAUGUAAAAUCUUUUUUUUAUUAUCAUUAAAGAAUACUUGUAUGGUCAUUUAACAAAUGUAUGCUGAGGUAAUGUGUAUUCUAGCUGAAGCAAACUGCUUUUACCUCAGCAUUUGUUUUUGCUGGAGCAAUUUUCUAAAUUUCAAUGGCUGUAUUGAUGUUACUAUUAAAAUAAAAGUGUGUAGGUUAGUGAAACGAACACUGUAAUCACUUCACUGAAGUAAACGUUAGUCUUAAAUAUGUUGACUUCAUCUUACAGAAACAUCCUUCGGUUUAGUUUUGAAACCUCAGUUUACGUGAAGUAUGAAUAACCGCAGGAAUAAGGCUGGGAUAAUAUGUAUGGUUGUGCAAUGCCGCUUUGAUGAUGGUAACGUGAUUCGUGUGCUUAUCUAGCAGGAAUCGCUGCAAAGUGCAAACUGAUUUGCUGCAUAACCGUCCACAAAAAAAGAGAAUCAUUUGGACAUGACAGUGGUUGAAAUUAGCACUUGUCUGCUUGUCCUGACAAGUGAAAAAUCAGGUCUGAAAAUGUUCAAUGCAGUUUCAUUUUGAGCAAUCAAAAACUAAUGUCCUUGCAUUUGAAUAAAACUAACAACUUACUUGGACAAGUGAAAUUAUUGGUGGACAAGUAGAUUUUGAGAUAUAUUUGUCCGGAAUCAUACAUAUCUAUUUCAGCAGUAAUUUCGCCAUACAUAUGGGAUACUUACUUAAGGAAUGUAAAUCCUUGUUUAUAAUGGACUAAAAUAGAAACAUCUUCUUUGUAAUUGCUAUACAAUUUUGUGUUACUAGUUAUCUAUUUUGUUUGUCUAGGUUGUGUGUCUGUUUUCCGUCCAUCUUAUAUUUCUUCCACACAAGUGUUGGUAAACGAGUUUCUUUAUUUGCAUCAGAAACAUUAAUGUAAUUAAACUAUUAAUUAAA